AUGCCAAACUUUAAUAAGGCAGUGGUAUACUCCUAUAUCUAUGCGGUUAACUGCAAGUAUGGGAGGCAACAACUAUGGAGAGAAAUUGAGGAGCUAGCAAAGGAUACAAUGAUCUGCUCUAAGCCGUGGGUUGUUAUGGGAGACUUCAACCAAACCCUCAGUCCUCAAGAGAGCUAUGUUGGAUGCACAAGAAUCACAAAAGGUAUGCGGGAGUUCAGACAAUGUAUCGAGAAUGCAGAGCUCACAGAUUUGGCAAUUAGAGGCAAUGCUUUAACCUGGUGGAACAAAAGAGAAGCUAACCCUAUAGCAAAGAAGCUGGAUCGAGUCCUGGUUAAUGUUCGCUGGCACCUGGAUUUUCCUCUCUCCUACGCAGACUUUGGAGACCCUAGAAUGUCGGACCACUGCCCUAGCUGCCUCAUAACGGGUGUUGAAACCAGAACUAAAAAACCCUUUAUGGUGUCGCACUUCCUCUUCCAGAAUAAGGAGUUUCUCCCACGGGUUGCCGACUUUUGGAACUCUAUUUCUAUAGAUGGAACAGCAAUGUUUCGUUUCUCCAAAAAGCUCAAACUCCUUAAAAGGGUCAUCAAAAUUCUUAAUAAGGAGCACUUUUCGGACCUAGAAACAAGAGUAAAGGAGGCUCAGAAUCUUUUAGCAUCUCACCAAGCUCGCUUUCUCGCUAAUCCUGGCCCCCUCUUAGCAAGGUUGGAGAGACAAGCUCAGCAGAAAUGGCAUAGCCUAGCUUUGGCCGAAGAGAAGUUUCUUCUACAACGAUCUCAUAUCAAGUGGAUGACAAGUGGAGACAGUAACUCAACCUACUUCCACAGAAUGAUAAACAGCAGAAGGGAUAUCAAUCACAUCUACUACCUGGUAUCUGAUUCAGGGCAAAGAAUCGAGGUAGUAUCAGAAGUCCAAGAUCAUUGUGUGAGCUUCUUCAAAGAGAUGUUGGGGGCGACUUCACAAGCUAUCUCAGUUGAGGAUGAGGAUCUCAUCAGAUCUCUAUCCAAGUACAAAUGCGAUCAAGCAACAAAGGAUAUGCUUCAAGCUGAUAUUACUGAUGCAGACAUUAAAUGA